UCAACUGAAAAAAAUGUCAGUUUUCAAAUAUGCGUUUGUCUGGAACUGCAUAUGUAUUUUAAUAAUUAUCAUUAAUCCGACAACAAGUAUUUCAAAUGAGCUAUCUGAGUGCUUAAUCACCGGGCCAGGAAUUAUUCCUCAUCGGGUGGUUCUUCCUGCCCGAUAUUUUUUCAUACAAUCAACAGGAAGGUGUAAUAUUUCACAAGCUGAACUAGUUGUUGAGUUGAAAGGAAAAUCUGAACAUGGUCCUUGCAGAGUAUGGACUCAGAUACUUGAUCGUCAUGAUGGAAGCUUCAUUGUUCGCUACAAAAUGUUCCAGUACUGUGAUGACAUGGAAAUUCAUGUAACCUGGAAAGGCCAUCACCUAGCUGAGUCUCCCUACACUUAUAAAGGGAGGAUAUAUGCUGAAGCCUGUGAUUGUCCGCUAGACAGCAUUGAUGAGAUGAUUGCUGAUUAUCAAUGUUCAGCUGAUGUUGCUCAGAUUGAUAAUGACAUUAGUCGAUUCCACAAUGUUGACUUCAGCCAAGUUCUUAGUGAAGCGAUAAAGAGAUUCAGUCAUGCAGGUUCUUACAGUUUUUGCCAUUAUGUGGUUCUCAAUAAUAAGGUUCAUCGUCGGUGUUAUGGUCAACAUGUGGGAUUCAACAUGUUUAUGGAUAACAUACUUCUUUCGUUAUCUCGUAAAGCUGUCCUCCCUGACAUGGAAUUUUUGAUAAAUCUGGGAGACUGGCCAUUAGUCAAGAAAAAUGUUGAACCAAUCAUACCGAUAUUCUCCUGGUGUGGAUCAAGCGAGACUGCCGAUAUUGUGAUGCCGACGUAUGACAUCACGGAAGCCUCCUUGGAGUGUAUGGGAAGGGUAACGUUGGACAUGUUAUCUGUACAGUCCAAUCCGGAAAUAAGGUGGGAAAACAAACAAGAUAAGGCUUUCUGGAGAGGAAGAGAUUCACGUCGGGAACGCCUUAACUUAGUUAAACUCUCACGUCGGCAUCCUGAAUUAAUUAAUGCUUCUCUAACCAACUUCUUUUUCUUUCGGGACGAAGAGAAGACAUACGGACCGAAAGAGGACCACAUUUCCUUCUUCAAAUUCUUUGAUUACAAGUACCAGUUGAACAUAGAUGGUACAGUAGCAGCAUAUCGCUUCCCCUACCUUUUGGCCGGCGAUGCUGUAGUGUUCAAGCAAGAUUCCGAAUACUAUGAGCACUUUUAUAGUGACCUCAAACCGAGAGUGCAUUAUAUUCCGAUCAAGGCAGACCUCAGCGACCUGGUUGAGGUGAUAAAAUGGGCAAAGACUCACGACGAAGAAGUUCGACAAAUCGGUGCUAAUGGAAGGCAGUAUGCCAGGAGUCAUCUUUUGCCAAAAGAUAUUAUUUGUUAUCACGCCACCCUUUUUAAGAAAUGGAGCCAGAAACUCAAAAAUCCCGUUCGUGUUCUUGACCAAAUGACUUUAGUUAAGCCGUCUAAUUCUACGGACAAGCGGCUGGGGAGCUGCCAGUGUUUGAAGGAAGUAACCCAUAUGGAACUAUGAAGGGGAGCCAUUUUCGCGCAGCUUACGCUAACCAAGUGCCAAAGUAAUCAGGAAAAACUGAUUACGUUUUUGAAUCUUCAACCUUUACUGCAUGUAGUGGUUUUUAUUCCAGAAAACAAUAACAGGUAUAUAAUACACUUUGCUUUUACACAUA